AAUAAACAAAAAUAUGCCAUAAAAUUGAGCCACCCAUUUAAGGGAGGGGCCAGAUACCUGCACGAAUGAUAAUGAAGAUGAUGAUGAUUGGUCAAAAGUGACUCAUCGAAAGAGGAUACAGCAAUCAAGCGAUAGCACCGACCGUAAUGUCAUUCUUGAUCGAACACUCAAAGCCUAUCAUUGAGCCAAAUGUAUAUGAACAUGCGAAUGUAAAAUUAGCGGGAAAAACAUUUACUGACAGGAACGAGAGAGUGCUACACGCCGCUUCGGAUUCACAGCUUGUUUUGUUUUAUCCAAACGAUCGUCUGAUUUCUUCGGAUGAUCCUCAUUUACAGCCUAUGCUAUUGGUGGAUAAAGCUUCCAAGCGUUCCAAAAACCCGCAGCACUCUCUCAAUACAACUCCUCGAGGUUACCUGUUGAAUGUCGAGAAAAAGGGGCUCCUACCACACCAUUAGAACCCUCUUGUCCACGCCCCCCCCCUCCCCCUUCUUCAGCGCACGGCACGGCGGCACUCGCACAUGGUGUAGCUAGUAGCACACAUAUACGCCGUUCUCUUAAAUGGAAUGGAAUGGAUCGAGCACGAGUUGCGCACACUUCUCCUUCGUUUUACGCUUGGUUCUUGAAGAUAGAAUCCCUUCACUCUCUUUCCAUCCUUAUUCUCUUGAUCUUGUUGCGAAUGCUUCUUGGACAUGUAGAAAUUGUUUCGUUUGGAGAGUUGACCCUAAGGCAGCAGAGCACGGCUUUAUAGACGUGGCAUGCCAUGUUGACACUACUUUAACCCACGCCCACAACACCACAGGACUUGUAGGAGGACUCAUUUACAAUCGCGGCAAUACCGACAACACGCUUGGAAUGCAAUGAAGCCACCAUCCUCCACCAUCUAUGUAUCCCACCUUUUGAACACCGGUCACCACCGUCACCAUGAGUGAAUAUCUAUCGGGCACAAUUUUUUGCACGAAACAGCAGCCGCUUAUAACCGCUUCGAUUCACCCACCCUCUCCUGAUUCUUUCCCAACCCAUUUCUGCCCUUGUCCCCGUUCAGACAAACAGACAAACUCAUAAACCACCGCACGGAUGUCGCUACUUAUACGUUUCGAUCCGUUUCUGAAGGGGAAAGAUAUACAGUACGUACUGCUGUUGUAAUUGCAUUUGCGUUUUGUAUUUUCGUUCGUUUUACCUUCGUUCAACCGUACCGUACCAUACCGCCGAAAGAACGAGAUGCGCAUCUCGAUAGAAACUAAAACAGAAAACUACCAAAAAAAAGAAGCAAAACUAUUCCUUUUCGAUGAUUCUAUUGUUGCUUAAACAACCGCCCACCCCUCCAAUCUUUAGUUAUUCGUCAUCAGAUGGCAAACUUAGAAAAAUGCAAAAGAAAUCAAACAAAAAAAAAUGAAAAAGAGUUAAAAGUAAACAAAAAACAAAAGAUAAGAUCUCACACAACACGAUAUGCCGAUUUGCGCGCAUUCCUGCCACUGACUAACCAAAAAAUAACUAAAAAACCUACAAAAACACACACACAUAGACACUGAAUAAAGCGAAAAGCACGCCCUCAAACAGCCACAGAAGCAGAAGAAGAACAGGAUAGUAUUCGUUUGUGCAAAUCGGAUAAAUAAGUCAGCCACAAACGCAACGUUGCAACUGGAAGCAGGCUUAUCAGUUAUAAGAGUACAUUCGAUAAUGCACAUUUCAUGUUGUGUGUGAGCCCCAGUGCUGCAUGUUGCCUAUAUUCUCUCAACGCAAAUCCAGCGAAAUUGAUUUUCUCAUUUCCUUUCACUCACUUUCAAUUGCUUCGGGAUGCUUUCUGGCCACUUCUCUACUCGGAAGUACACCUUAGCCUUUGUUUUUUGCCACAUUGUUUUCCUCGCCCAGAAGAUUGAUUUUUGUUUUCCAAGCUUCUUCGCUUCAUCAUUUGGAGUACACAUUUGUGUAUGCUCGGGGGUGUCUGCUAUGUGUCUGUAUUAGCAAAGCGAGAUAAAGCAGAUAGAAACGGUAGAACGCUUGUGGUGGAGAAGAGCAAAAGCAAAACACAACAACAUUAACAGUGAAGUGUAAAGCAAAUACACAAACAAAAAACAGGAUCGCUGACCGACGCGGGGUUUAGUGACAGACUGGAAUUGGCGCUGAUGUGCAUUGACGAUAGUUAGUUAGAGGCAGUAGAAGCAACAACAGCAGCAGUGGCAGCAUCAGCCGUGGAAGCACAUCCACAAGAGCACACGUAGCUUCGAACAGAGAACGAUCCGAAGGCAUUUUGUAAUGUAUAGAGAGUAACGUGUCACCCAGAGCAACAAAGGCAUUAGGAUGUGAACUCAACUAGCCUAGCAUAUAGAGAGCCAGGUGGGCAGAUGGAAGCAAGAAGCGCUAUGGCGAUGGGGAGGGCGUUAGGAAGAAAUGCUGCUGAAAUGAACAAAUCACAGAACCGCUCCAGCGACAUGAUAAAAUGGCAGAUUUUUGGUUAAACAACCAGCUCUGCUACCUGUUUAUAGACAUACAUAUAAAAAUA